CUUUGGAAUUAAAUAUUUAAAUGAAUGCUACUUCCUCUCAGGGAAGUUAACAAUGGUUUCUCUUCUCCACAUAAGGAACCAACGAAAGCCAAAAGAUCGAGAAUGUUUUGCAUCCCCGCUUACCGGAAAACAAUGAUAAAGCUCUAAUGGAGGACAAGAAAGCAAAUAUACUAGCUGUUACAAUUAUCAUCAGCCUCAUCAUUUUUAUCAUCGUUGCUCGCGUAUCAUUGAAACUUUCCAGAGCUUUCUUCCUCAUUGCGGGGGCAGAUAUUGCAGUAAUCCUUGCAGUAUUUGUGUGUCUUGUAAUUAGAGGGCGCUAUCAUCGCAGAAGGAAAUUGUUAGAGAAGCAACUGGUAUCAGAAGGUCGAGAGCUUCGAAUAGAGUAUAGUUUUCUCAGAAAGGUAGCUGGUGUUCCAAUAAAGUUUAGGCACAAAGAGCUUGAGGAUGCAACAGAUAAUUUCCGAGCGCUGCUGGGCCAAGGUGCUUCUGCUUCAGUAUUCAAAGGCAUCCUAAGUGAUGGCACCUCUGUUGCUGUGAAGCGAAUUGAAGGUGAGGAGCAUGGGGAGAAGGAAUUUAAGUCUGAAGUUGCUGCAAUUGCAAGUGUGCAACAUGUGAAUCUUGUGCGCCUUAUGGGGUAUAGCCGUCUUCCUGGAGGGCCUAGAUUCCUUGUUUAUGAAUUCAUCCCAAAUGGUUCAUUGGAUUGUUGGAUCUUCUCCAGAAGGGAAACCAGAAGUCGUCCUGGAGGUUGCUUGUCAUGGGACUUAAGGUACAGAGUUGCCAUUGAUGUGGCUAAGGCACUCUCUUACCUACAUCAUGAUUGUCGGUCAAGGAUACUACACCUUGAUGUCAAGCCAGAAAAUAUACUUGUUGAUGAGAAUUUUAGAGCAAUUGUGGCAGAUUUUGGUCUUUCAAAGUUGAUCGGAAAAGAUGAGAGCAGGGUCAUUACAACAAUCAGGGGGACCAGAGGUUACUUGGCCCCGGAAUGGCUCUUGGAGCGUGGAGUUUCAGAGAAGUCUGAUAUCUAUAGCUAUGGAAUGGUUCUUCUGGAGAUGAUUGGAGGCCGAAGAAAUGUUAGCGUGAUUGAAAAUGGAACUGAUAGGUCUCAAAGGAAAUGGCAGUACUUUCCUAAAAUUGUGAGGGACAAACUAAGGGAAGGAAACCUAAUGGAAGCUGUUGAUCAGAGGCUAGUUGAAGCAGGAGGUAUAGAUGAGAGGCAAGUAAAAAGAAUGGUUUAUGUAGCUUUGUGGUGCAUACAAGAGCAGGCGAAACUAAGGCCUAGCAUGGCACAAGUGGUUGAGAUGCUUGAAGGGCGUGUGCCAGUAGAUGAACCCCCAGAAACACAAAUGCUUGUCGUCGAUUUGCUAUCCAUAGAUGAAGAGGAUUCUUCUUGUCAUGACAGGCCAAGAAUUGGUGUCAUGGGAUCACACGUGGACUGCAACCUUCCUAGCUCAUCUUCGUCCUCAUUUGCAAUGUCUGUGCUAUCUGGACGCAAUUCCAGAACAAAAACAGAAAAGAAUACUACUAAUGUUUGAUCUAACAUAACAUUCAACCCUGUGUCUAC